AUGAACCUUAUUCGAUCCACCUGCGAUCGUUGCUACGCCGCCAAAACGCGGUGCACCAAGGAUGCCUCGUCCAACCAGUGCCAGAAGUGCGUACGGUCAAGCGCAGUCUGCAACUACAGUCCGCGCGGCCACGCUGGCCGUCCGCUCGGUCGCGGGACAGGCCAGUCAAGCUCGCCCAGCCAACGCCAAACCCUAGCCAUGAGCACUGACGAACCAUUCAUCACCCUGCCUCCGUCUACCGCUUGUAGCAUAGACCUCUUCAGCAACCUCCACUCCGACGAGAACACUGCCGCCUACUUGUGGGACCACCCGCCCUUGCUAGAAGACUACGGACAGUCUUAUUUGCCCAUCGGUGAGGCGAUACACAGUGGUACGCUUACGACACCAACCGCAAGCUCAAAUGCUGCCACCGACUUGUUCUCGUCCUUGGGGGCCGACAGCCCCCACCGCUCCAGCAGCGGCACACACCAUGACACCCAUUCUAGCAGCGAGGCGCCUUCUGCCGCCGCUUCGAUCAAGAGCGAGAGCCUGCACAGCCGGCUCGUAGUCACACACACCGAGCUCAUCGCCUUGUCUGAGUCGCUCGCCGUGUCCUUCAGCAUGACCGACGACAUGGGGGUCAUCUACAGGCUUAGCGCCGAGAUGACCGGGAUACUUCAGCGCCUCAAGGAGAAUGGGCCAUGCUACCCGCCGAUGCCGAUUGCCAAGUGCCACGGCAUGACGUCUCUGCUCAUACUGGGCUGCUACAGCUAUCUUCUCGAGGCCUAUGAAUUUUCCAUGGCGAAGCUGCGACACGAGCUGCGAGACACAGGUAGUCCCACCGCGAUGCUGCAGCAGCAGCGACAGCAGCGGGCUGCGUCACCCGAAGAAGCCCCGCAAAUCAACAUUGGAGGCAUCCGGCUGCAGGUAUCGAGAAAGUCGGCCGCCGAAAUCCACCUGCAGCUCGUCUCCCAGACGGCCCAGAAUCUCCGCGAGUCGCUCCGGCAGUUCGUAAAGCACACGGCAGCCCCACGCUGCUCCAUGGACCUGGACACCGUCGACGACAGUCCGGCAUCGAACCGUACCGGGGGCGGUGCCGGGGAGACGGGCCGCGGCGACAGCAUUGAAAUUCUAACAACAAUGGCCCAGCGGGAGUUGCGGCGACGAGAAGAUGGCAUUUUCCAAUACGUAAAUGAGAGCGCCGCCAAGAAAACAAGGUGA